AUUUAAAUAUACCUAUAUCAAUAAAUAGAAUGGCAUCAAAAUUAAAAACCGCCGAUACAGAAAAAUUAAAUAUGGGAAUGAAAUCAAUAGUAAACGAAUUUGAAGUCAGUUGUGAUAGGAUCAAACAAUUGAAAGACAACAAUGAAUUAUAUAAUCAAAUGGAACAUAUUGUCAACACAUUAUCUAUUGAGAAAGAAAACAACAACUAUGCUUCAAAAAUUUUAAAUUUUAAAGAAUCUGUGGAUAAUGAAAAAUUGUUUUACUCGAAUAAAACUGGUAUUUCUCUCAAUUUUUUAUCAAAAAAUGAACAGUUAGAAUAUGCAGCAAACAUUCUACAAGAAACUGGUAUUGAUGAUUACAAUACAAAUAGCAUAUUCACUAAAUAUUUGUCAAUCAUUGAAAGAUGUAAUAAACAAAAAGAAUUAAUUGAUGACAUUGAUGAAUACUUAAAUAAAUUAAAAAUAGUAAUUGAACAACAAAAUGAUCUUAAAUGUGAAUUAUCUAGUAUAAAAUACUCACCUGUAGGCUAUUCAGCUGAACCUAUCAACAUUAAACCAAUUGAAAAUAUACAAACUGUGGACAACUGUGAUGCAAUUGUGGAGUUAGUCAAAAAAGUAACAGACAUUGAAAAGAAACAAGAAAAAAUAUGUUUAGAAACUUCUAAAUUAAAAUCUGCACAGAAGAAAACAUAUCAUGGACUACCACCAAAUAUGGAUCAAGCAAUGAUGGCAGUACAAAUAGCAGAGCAAACAAUGAAGUCCAUAACUAAAAAAUUAAUGGAAAAACUUUAAAAAUAUAAUCUUGUAAACUGAUUAUUUUUAACAUAAUGUACCAA